UCACAGCAACAGACCCCCCGUGAGCCUGAGCAGCUCCGAAAACUCUUUAUCGGGGGCCUCAGUUUCGAGACAACAGAUGAGAGUCUAAGGGCCCAUUUCGAGCAAUGGGGAACUCUUACAGACUGUGUGGUGAUGAGGGACCCCAACACCAAGAGGUCGAGGGGUUUUGGGUUUGUGACCUAUAGUUCGGUGAAUGAGGUGGAUGCAGCGAUGGAUGCUCGUCCGCACAAAGUGGACGGAAGAGCUGUUGAACCCAAGAGGGCGGUGUCUAGAGAAGACUCGUGCAAAGCAGGCGCUCACUCCACUGUUAAAAAGAUGUUUGUGGGCGGAAUCAAAGAAGACACGGAUGAGGAGCAUCUGCGCGAGUAUUUCGGCCAGUUUGGUAAAAUUGACGAGGUGAACAUCAUGACUGAGAAG